AUAGGCGGGAGCUAGACAGCGCGCCGUGCCGCUUUGUGGACAACGAUUGCCAUUGUUAGGGCGGAAAGACAAGUAUCUUGUCAGUAUAUCCAUAAUCUUUGCUUGAAGAGAGUGCUGUCGGCGACUUUCGAAAGGUUUCGGGACAGCGCGAGAGCCUUCACGAACAGAAAGGGAGGAGAAAGCAUGGCUUUAAACCUUACCAUCAACAGUAGCAACCCUCCUUUAGGGGCGCUGUUGGCAGCAGAGCAUGUGAAGGGCAGAGUGAACAUGUCUGUGGAGGAGGGCAAAGACAACAAGCUCCGUGUCUCAGAGUCAGUGCAGUUCAGCGAUGUGAACUCCAUCACUCGCUACCUUGCCCGCGUGACUCCCAGUCUGGGCCUGUACGGCUCCAACAUGCUGGAACAAACUGAGGUGGACCACUGGCUGGAGUUCAGUGCGCGGCACGUGUGUGGCCAGUCGGGCCUGGCUGCGGCCCUGGGGGAGCUGGACAAGGCCUUGGCCCUACGCACAUUCCUGGUGGGCCACAGCCUGACCCUGGCCGACCUCUGUGUGUGGGCCGCGCUCAAAGGCAGCAGUGAGUGGCAGUCAAUCCAGCAGCAGGCGGGGGCGUUCUCUCACGUGGCACGCUGGUUUUCCUUCCUGGGCUCCCAGGUGCCCUUUACCGCAGUGGGCAACAAGUAUGCCAACAGCAAGGCCCCUCCUCGCAAGUCCGAUGAGAAGAAGCACGACUUGGGCAAGUUUGUGGAGCUGCCAGGAGCCGAGAUGGGCAAAGUGGUGGUUCGCUUCCCCCCUGAGGCCAGCGGGUACCUGCACAUUGGCCACGCUAAGGCUGCCCUGCUCAACCAGCACUACCAGGUGACAUUCAAGGGCAAGCUCAUCAUGCGCUUCGACGACACCAACCCCGAGAAAGAGAAGGAGGACUUCGAGAAGGUAAUCCUGGAGGAUUUGGCCAUGCUGCAGAUCAAGCCGGACCAGUUCACCUACACCAGCGACCACUUCCCUCGCAUCCAGGGCAUGGCGGAGAAUCUACUGAAGGAGGGCAAGGCUUACAUCGACGACACACCCCCAGAGCAGAUGAAGACGGCGAGGGAGGAGCGCACCGAGUCCCGCCACCGCAGCAACUCGGUGGAGCAGAACCUGAAGAUGUGGGAGGAGAUGAAGGCUGGCACGGAGUACGGCCAGACGUGCUGCAUGCGGGCCAAGAUUGACAUGGCCUCCAACAACGGCUGCAUGCGCGACCCCACCCUCUACCGCUGCAAGAAUGCCCCCCACCCCCGCACUGGCAGCACCUACAGGGUGUACCCCACGUACGACUUCGCCUGCCCCAUCGUGGACAGCGUGGAGGGCGUGACGCACGCGCUGCGUACAACAGAGUACCACGACCGCGACGCCCAGUUCUACUGGGUGAUCGAGGCGCUGCGUCUGCGCAAGCCCUGCGUCUGGGAGUACGCCCGGCUCAACCUCAACAACACUGUGCUCUCCAAGCGCAAGCUCACCUGGUUCGUGGAUCAGGGCUACGUCGACGGCUGGGACGACCCUCGCUUCCCCACUGUCAGAGGUGUCCUGCGCAGAGGAAUGACUGUCGAGGGCCUCAAGCAGUUCAUCGCUGCCCAGGGUGGAUCCAGGUCCGUGGUCAACAUGGAAUGGGACAAGAUCUGGGCCUUCAACAAGAAGGUUAUCGACCCAGUGGCCCCCAGAUACACAGCCCUGUCUGGAUCCUACUCAGUCCCUGUCAUCAUCCCUGAGGCACCAGAGGAGAUGAAGGAGGCCGUCAAACACCCUAAGAACACAGAGGUGGGGAUGAAGGCGGUGUGGUAUGGACCCAGGGUGUUGGUGGAGGGGGCGGACGCAGAGACCUUCACCGAGGGAGAGAUAGUCACCUUCAUCAACUGGGGAAACAUCAUCAUCACCAAGAUCCACAAAGAUGCCAGCGGUAAGGUCACCUCCCUGGACGGCAAACUGAACCUGGAGAACAAGGACUACAAGAAGACCACCAAGAUCACGUGGCUGGCCGAGACCCCCCGCGCACCCCUGCUGCCCACCGUCUGCGUCAACUACCAGCACCUCAUCACCAAGCCCGUCAUAGGCAAGGAGGACGACUUCAAGGAGUACAUCAACAAACAGAGCAAGCUGGAGGAAAAGAUGCUGGGAGACCCCUGUCUGAAGGACCUGAAGAAAGGUGACAUCAUCCAGCUGCAGAGGCGGGGCUUCUACAUCUGUGACCAGCCCUACGAGCCAAUCAGUCCCCACAGCUGUAAGGAGACUCCCUGUGUGCUGCUGUUCAUCCCCGACGGCCACACCAAGGAGAUGCCCACCGCCGGCUCCAAGGAGAAGAGCAAGGCCACCACCACCACCACGACCACACCUGCCUUCCCAGCCAAGGGCAAAGACGCCCCCGUCUCUGCCCCAGCCCCUGCUAGCGACGCCGGCGCCGUUUUCUCCGGCAUCGUGGCUCAAGGUGAGAAGGUACGCGAUCUGAAAACCGCCAAGGCCCCCAAGGAGAAUGUGGACAAAGCGGUAAAGGAGCUGCUGUCACUCAAGGCCCAGUUCAAGCAGCUGACUGGCCAGGACUACAAACCAGGCAUCGCCCCACCCGCCAGCUCCGCCCCUCAGAAGGCGGCAACCUCCGCCCCUUCUGCUGACUCCGCCUCCUGCGCCGUUGCUUGCAUCACCCAGCAGGGGGAGCUAGAGAGGAAGCUGAAGUCUGAGAACGCUCCCAAGGUUGAUGAUGCAGUCCAACAGCUGCUGGCUUUUAAAGCUGAGUUCAAACAGAUCACAGACCAGGAGUACAAGCCAGGGAUGACCCCUCCCUCCACUGCCCCAGCCAAGAAUGCUCCCUCUGCCUCAUCCCCCUCAUCCUCUCCCUCAGGCCUAUACGAACGUGUGACCGAACAGGGAGACACUGUAAGGAAGCUUAAAUCUGAGAAGGCACCCAAGGACCAGGUUGAUGCUGCGGUGAAGCAGCUUUUAGACUUGAAGGCAGAGUACAAACAGGCGACAGGUCAGGACUACAAGCCAGGAACUACCCCAGCCCCUGCUGCUGCCCCAGCCCCAGUCCAGAGCACCCAAGCCCCCACAGCCACUUCUGGCUCAGGCAUCUAUGAGCAUGUGACUCAGCAGGGUGACUUGGUGAGGAAGCUGAAAACUGAGAAGGCCCCCAAGGACCAGAUGGACGCCGCCGUCAAGCAGCUGCUGUCACUCAAAGCCGAGUACAAGCAGGUGACUGGCCAGGACUACAAACCAGGCAUGGCCCCAGCCGCCAGCCCUGCCCCUGUCCAGGCUAGCCCUGCCCCCUUCCAGGCUAGCCCUGCCCCCCACGCCCAAUCUAGCUCCUCCGUUAAGGUGCUCUUCUCCCAGGUGUCCCAUCAGGGGGAGUUGGUGAGGAAGCUGAAAUUGGAGAAAGCUCCUAAGGACCAGGUGGACGGUGCUGUGAAGCAGCUUCUGGCCCUGAAGACCCAGUUCAAGGCCCUCACCGGAGAGGAGUACAAACCUGUAGCUGCCGCCGGAGCCUCGGGCGGAGAGGACAAGAACCGUAAGGACCGAGAGAACAAGUCUGAGAAACAGGGAGGUGGUGGUGGAGGAGGGAAGAAGCAGCCCAAGGGAGACAAGGGCAAGGAGGCCUCGUCGGGAGGCACAGGGGGAGGAGGAGAGGGGGGUCCCAAGAAACAGACACGACUAGGACUGGAGGCUAAGAAAGAGGAGAACCUGGCUGAUUGGUACUCUCAGGUAAUCACUAAGGCGGAAAUGAUUGAGUACUACGAUGUGAGCGGCUGCUACGUGCUGAGGCCCUGGUCCUACUCCAUCUGGGAGUCCAUCAAGGAGUUCUUUGACCGCGAGAUCAAGAAGCUGGGCGUGGAGAACUGCUACUUCCCCAUGUUCGUCUCACAGGCUGCCCUGGAGAAGGAGAAGUCCCAUAUUGCGGAUUUUGCCCCCGAGGUCGCCUGGGUGACGCGGUCAGGGAACACUGAGCUUGCUGAGCCCAUUGCUGUCCGACCCAAUAGUGAAACUGUGAUGUACCCUGCCUACGCCAAAUGGGUCCAGUCCCACAGAGACCUGCCCAUCAAACUCAACCAGUGGUGCAACGUUGUGAGGUGGGAGUUCAAGCACCCCCAACCCUUCCUGAGGACCAGAGAGUUCCUGUGGCAGGAGGGACACACGGCUUUCGCCACCAAAGAGGAGGCCGCCGAAGAGGUGUUACAGAUCCUGGACCUGUACGCGCGGGUAUACGAGGAGCUGAUGGCCAUCCCCGUGGUAAAGGGCAGGAAGACUGAGAAGGAGAAGUUUGCCGGAGGUGACUACACCACCACGGUGGAGGCCUUCAUCUCUGCCAGUGGCAGAGCCAUCCAGGGCGCCACGUCCCACCACCUGGGCCAGAACUUCUCGCGGAUGUUUGACAUUGUGUUCGAGGACCCUAAGAAGCCAGGUGAGAAGCAGCUGGCAUACCAGAACUCGUGGGGCAUCACCACCCGCACCAUCGGCGUGCUCACCAUGGUCCACGGUGACAACAUGGGCCUGGUGCUGCCCCCCAAAGUCGCAUGUCUCCAGGUGAUCAUCAUCCCAUGUGGUAUCACGGCCUCCCUGCCCGAGGCUGAGGAGGCGGCUCUCCUGGCCCAGUGCUCCAAGUACCUGGCCCGGCUGCAGAGGGGAGAGAUCCGGGUCAAGGCAGACCUCCGAGAAAACUACUCCCCCGGCUGGAAGUUCAACCACUGGGAGCUCAAGGGUGUGCCCAUUCGUCUGGAGGUGGGUCCAAAGGACCUGAAGCAGUGUCAGUUUGUGGCCGUGAGGAGAGACACAGAGAAGAUCACCCUGCCCGAGGCCGACACCGAGAAGAGGCUCACACAGCUACUGGAGGACAUCCAGACCAACCUCUUCAAGAGGGCAUCAGAUGACCUGAACAAACAAAUGGUGGUAGCAGACUCUAUGGAACAGUUCCAGAAAGACCUGGACCAGGGCAGGAUUGUCCAGAUCCCCUUCUGUGGAGGAAUCGAGUGUGAAGACUGGAUCAAGAAGACCACUGCCAAGGACCAGGAUCUGGAGCCCGGUGCCCCCUCCAUGGGUGCAAAGAGCCUGUGUAUCCCCUUCAAGCCCCUCAAGCCCCUGCAGCCGGGCCAGAUGUGUGUCAGCGGAAAGGAGGCCGCCCAGUACUACACCCUGUUUGGCCGUAGCUACUAAAUACACACCGGAAGGGUGUAUCUCAAUAGUCUAAAAUGGCUUCCUCUCCUCGUCAAUUCUCCUUUGUCUGGGAAAUGUGAAAGAACUGGAUAGUUGAAGACCAAUAAAUUCUCUGGGCGUCCACUGUUUCGUUUUCACCUAUCAUGCUCUUUUGAAUGGGCAGAGAUGUCACUUUAGACCAUAGGUCACUAACAGGCGGACCGCGGUCCGGAUCCGGACCCAGAAGCCGUCCCAUACGGACCCGGACCAAAACAAAAGAUUAUGAAUUAAAACCUGACGGGGCGCUUCUAUUUUAAUAUGCACAGCUUUUGUAGUCUUUACGGUACUCGUUUUGUGAAUGAGGAAACUCACCGACCAA